CCUCUUCCUGAGCCCUCCGGCUGCUCGGCUCUUGCUCUCGCUCUCUUGCUCUCUCUCUCUCUCUGGAGCUUUUUUUGUGCUGUGCGCACCGGUACGAAGCUUUCCAAUCGCUAUUUUCUGGUUUAGCGAUGAGGAUCUCUGAAUUCGGGGAUGCUUUUCCAUUCUUGAGCUGAUCAUGUGCGACGUGGUUUGUCAAGUGUGAGGGAACCCAAAUCAACAAUUAGAGUUCUGCAGUUACAGGAGUUUUCAAGUGUCGAGUAGAACUUGCAUGAUGAGCACAGUCGGCCUAGAACUUGCUAAUUCUUUGAACGCUGAUUUGUCUUGGAAGAGGGUCUCAAAAGGGUAUAGGAGUGCACCAAGGCGUGCCAGGAAACCAGUUCUGGAGAUAGCGGAUAAGACGACCAGAAGGGCAGAUGACACAAUUGUCUCCGAGUCUGAAAAGGUUGGUGUUGCUGUUCUUGGACGACGAUUCAGAGAGAAAAUAGAGCAAGUACCAAUUAAGAAGAGGAGAUUUCGGUUUCGAUCUCCGCCCCCACCAGCUUGGUCCUCUUCUCCUCAUCUUGACAGAUCUGAGACACACAUGGCAACUGAUGUCAAUGCUGGUGAUGGAAAAAUUUCAGAGGUGACAAGUAAAAAGCUUGGUUACACUGAGGACUUCUCGGGUAUUGAGAUGCUUGCAGCUAUUGCCUGCAACAACCGCAUGGGGGAUGAUACUGAUCACGCUGGGGGGAAUCUAGUUGUGGAAAAAUCAACUCAGGAUAGAACUGAAACAUCAACUUCUGCAAUAGCUCUGGCCGAAACUACUGCAUCCUUCGAAACAGUCAAUAUCUCCUCGCAUGAAGAUAGAAUGGAUGGCUUGACUUUACAAGACAAUACAGUUGAAAAUCUUCCUCGUGACAAUGAUGGCAGAACAACUGAAAAUUUUGUUUCUUCCCGAGGCGAACGGUUACACUGGGACCUUAAUGUUUCAAUGGAUGCUUGGGAGAAACCUUAUGAUGUUUAUCUUCGAAAAAAUGUUGUAGAAAAUAUAUCUGAUGAUAGCAAGCAGAAUGAGAAGCUACAGGUUUUCGAAGGUUGUGAGUUACAGAGGGAAACUAUGGAUAUUAAACAUGACAUUGAAUGUGCAGUGCAGUCUACUGUGGAUGGAGUUGUCUCAUCUGAUGAACAUGGUGAUAUUAAUAUACCUAUAGACUUGCAAGGCUUUUCCCUUGGAUCAGACGGAUCAAAUGGAGAGGAACAUGAAUUGCAAUCGUGCUCUGGCCUUGACAGAAUCCCUGAUAAAUGUGUUACAAGUACAACUUGUAAUGCUUUAGAAUCUUCAACCUAUGAUGUUGCCAUCACGAAAGCUCCCACUGAGGUUGUCAGCAUGGAUGUAAAUGUUGAUCCAUUCCAUGGAUCAGAUGAUAUUAUCACAAACGCAGGGGCUUCUGAGAAGAAUGGUAAUACAUCACUUCACAGUGUUACUGCCAAGGAGUCCGAUGUUGCUUUAAGUUAUGCACCGGUUUUAGAGAGGACUACUAUUCAAAAAGGAGAUGGCACGGAUACUGGCACAGCAUCUGGUUUGCAUGAUGAUAAGAAUACUCCCGAAGAGAUGACAAGUGUGGACAUCUGUCUCCCAUUAGAACGAGUUUCCCUUGAAAUCAAGCGUGUUAUUAGAGCAACGGAAGUGGAUGCUCACCAUUCUGGCUCCCCUUGUAAAGAUAUUCAUGCAUCAGGCCAAUCUGGGUUGACUAAGGAUGCAGAGGAUCAAGCUGAUUUUGCUUCUGUGCCUCAUAAUGCAGGAGUUAAUUCUUCAGUGCAUGUUGGGUCUGAGGAAGUGAUGCACAAGUGUUCUAGAAAUUCCAUUACCAAUCUCGGGGACGAAGGUGUAUCCACUUCUCAUGAGGUGCACACAAACUGUGGUAACAGUCCUCCAAGUAGCCCGGGUAAGGUUACUAUAGAAGAUCCUUCCACUGCUGGCUGCGACCUGGAAAUUUCUCGAGGCGUUAAAGAUCACGUAGUUGGCAAGCAAAACAUUGAGGAAUUUCAGAUUGGUUUUGAUUCUCAAUAUGAGGAUGGGGAGUUAAGGGAAUUGGAUGUACAUUGCUGCAAGGAAAAUGAGGGCGAUUAUGGGGAGCUGGAAUUUGUGAACAAUUACUCCCAUAACAUGGAUACAUCUGAUGUUGAUGAUGUGGAUUACCUGAUGUUUGAAAAAGUGAAAGUUGGAAUUGGAUGCAGGGAAGAAAGAUCUUUUGUGCGUGAAGCUAAGAAUACUGAGAAGAAUGUAAAAGUUCGGAGGGGAUCAAGCCCAGGAUCUGAUACUAUUGUUGAAAGAACAUUACAUUGUGCCACAGCAGAUGCUGUAAAAGAACCUUCAGUGAAUUCUGAGACAAAAUCUGCAGCUGAUAACUCGCCAGUGGGUCAUAAAAUAUCUGAAAAAUUGACUCUGGUAGAAACUGAGGGCAGCACGAUGAGGAAAAUUCCUGAUGACUGCAUGUAUGGACUUAAUGAGAAAAAUUGUCCUCUUAAAGUAGUUGAACCAAAGAUAUCCAAGAAGGAUUCUGAAUUUGUGCAGAGGAGCAGAUAUGAUAAUUUCGAUUCAUGUACUCGAGCUGAAAUGGAUGAUGCUACUGACCAUUCCAUUGGAAGGGACAAAUCUGCUUUGCAUGUGAAAAUCCCAUCUGUUGGUCGGUUAAUUAGUCCUUCAACAGGCUAUUGGGAUUCAAAACACCGUGAAUCGCCUACAUAUUUUGAUUCAUAUGGAUCUGGACGCCCUAAACCAAAAAGUGUUGUUGAGAGCUGUGGUUAUGUGAUGACUUCAGACUGUACAAUGUCAGGAGCAGUAUGGGUUGCGAGAGUUGAUAACCGGGUCUAUAGUCCCUCCGCUAGAAGGAGAUUGCCAUCUGAUAGGGAAGAUGCUUAUGGUACUCGUAGAGGGGUGGCACCUGUAAGAGAAAUGAGUUCUGAUAGAAAGUUUAGGAGAUAUCCAAUAGGGGUUAGUCAAGGCCCAAGGGAGUACCACAGGCCUGUGUUGGAUGGCUCCAGAGACUAUUCUUAUCGUGUGCCCAAUCAUAUGGCCAGGGGAGAACAUAGCAUUUCUUCCCCUAAUAAAGGAAGACCUCUUCAUUUUACUCAACCCUACAGGAAAUCUCGGUCUAGAUCCAGAAGUCGCUCUCCUGUUGCAUGGUUGUUGCCAAGGGAACGAAGUGAAGGUUCAAAUCAUCAUAGCAGCCGAUCUCCAAAUCAUAGGUUUGAGGCUGGAAUGGAAAGGGUGAGAUUGCCCCUUAAGAAGCCCAUUUUUACAGCAGACAAUGAAGCUGGGUUCAUGUCCCCUCCAAGACGUCGCUUGUCCCCACAGCGUCAUCCCAGAUGGAUCGAUGAUCAAGUUGCUGCUGUAGAUCAUUUCAAGGGCAGGAGAUUUUCUGUGAGGACUUUCCAACAAAGCCAAAGGUUUGAUCAGGUGCAUUCCCCUCAAGAAUUGGAUUCAGAUGAUUACUUUGAACCCAUGAUACAUCCUGGAAGAUUUGUUGAUAUGGAUAGAGCAGGUAGAGGAUGUAGUGAUGAUGAUAGAAGGAAACAUGGUGGUAGAUACGAAAUAAUAGAUCGAGUGAGGCGUUAUGGUAAGAAUGGUGUUGUUCGGCGUGUCGGGUAUGAUGCAGAAGAUUGUCUUCUGCCACAAAACUCUCACAACUAUGAUGACUAUGAUAGGGGUGUUGACAGAAGGCUUAGGAAUGUACCUAGGAGAGUCAAUGAAGAUAAAGGUCAUUUAAGAUACAAUCAUGGUGGGCUCUUUGAUUCCAGCUCAAACUCAUUUAGAACACAAGAUGCCUAACUCAAAGAAAGAGAGAACAAUUCUGACUUUUGAAUUGGUAUGCCUUUCUUCCCACUUGGAUAACUUGCUUCUAGAUAGGAGAUUGUGUAACAAAUUAACAUGUUAAACAUUUUAUUUCUUUUUCAAUGGUGGAAACCAUCUCAUUUCCGCUGAUUUUCUUGCUAAUGGUCUUGUGGAAAUGACCAUUCUGAUUCCCUUAGCAAGAUUUUGUUGUAGGCCUGAUGUUACAUGUUCCUUUUUUCUCCUUUUGGGGUAUUUUCCCUUCAGGCUAACACUGGCUAUUGUAACCUCUUUGAGGCCUUAAAGAUAUAAGAUUAGUGAAAAAAAAAAUUACAUGCUUACUUAUCAAAAAAAAAAAAAUUACAUGCUUGAAUUCAAGGUUUUAAAGAUUCCUAGUUAA